UCCGCAGUCUGUCAAAAGAAUAUAAGUUUAUGCUCUCGAUGUCACGCACAAUGCUGUCACCCAAUCCUGGCCCAUUGUCCCCCAGUGCCUGGUUCGACAACCUGCCCAGUGUUUGUGCCCACUCGCGCUAUGUGGACGUCCCCGGGACCCUAGCGCUAGACACACCGGUGUAACCUUACCUUGGUGCCAGUGCAAUACUGUAAACUGGAGCAUGAUGCAAAACUUUUACGAUUAUCAGGAAGAUGACUGUCCGUGGUAUUAUUUUGAUAGUUCUUAUAAAACUUUAUUAGGGAGUUGUCUCUUUGUCUUCGGAGUGUUCGGGGUGCUGCUCAACGGCUGGCUUUUCAUCACCUUCCUCCAUAGUCACCUGCUAACCUUCAGGAGCCAUAUUCUAGUGCUAAAUCUUUGCUCGGCGUCGCUCGGCAGGAAUUUGCUCGGAUUUCCUUUCGCGGGGGCCUCAGCCGUAACAAAACGAUGGUUAUUCGGAUCAGCGUGCUGUCAACUAUUUGCAUUUUUAAAUCAAUUUUACGGUGUCUUUCAAAUGACUGCAUUACUUGUUAUUAUUCUAGAGCGAUACCUUCUAGCAAGGUUCUACAGACGUGAGAGGAUUCUGCACCUACGAUUAUACUAUAUCCUCGUGGGUGUGUGUUUCCUGAACGGCGCUGUGUUCGCGACGCCGCCUCUAUUCGGCUACGGGCUCUACUCCUGCGACCCGACCGGGACCGUGUGCACGUUCUUCUGGCCCUCUGGGACCUCUGGUGCCAAGCAGAUAGGAUACACAGUGCCCUACGUUAUCCUUUGUGGAGUGAUACCAGUCAUUGCUAUUUUCUAUUACACGGGUAAAGCUGUUCGCCUAGAAACUAUUUAUUACAGAAGUGAACAACAAAAAGAACACAAAAGAUUAACGCAGAGUGUCCACGUCCUCACAAUCUCCACGCUGGCGCUAUGGAUCCCUAGUGGAGUCCUGGCAGGGUACCAGUGGUUCCCAGCUCUGGUCCUGAGCUACCGAAGCCACGUACCACCAACAUUGGCGCUUAUAGCGCCCAUUGCAUCGGAGGCGGCGACCAGCAUCCCCGUGCUGUGCUACCUGUUCGCGGACGAGCGGCUGCGCGCGGCGCUGCUCGGCCGCGUGCGGCGACACUACGCGUUGCUGCGGCCAGACCGCGCCAAACGCUUCCAGGCAUAACCCAGGGCAAGCUCCACAUUUCGGAAGAAACCUGUUGACUACGAAAGCACCAUCAAGCUACUUCAACUAGCCUACGCAGAGCGCUUCCGACCCACCCUACCUGGUAUAAUGGUAUAAUCCAAUUUGCGGCUCUGUUGUGAUGACGACAGCGCAUGAUCACCUGGUAUUUCGAACAGAACCCAACAAGAGGUUCUAGGCCAGUAAGGCAAAUAGUGAGAUC